CCGACUCCUCUCUCUCCUCCCAGCUCCCUUCAUCACGACUUCUUGUUGACUCGACUCGCCACAUCACUAUAUAGGUCUCAAGGUCUUCAUCGCCCACCGUCCACACCAGCGCAACCAUGGCCACCUCUCUCGCAGUCCCAGUCGCGUACUUUACCGUACUCAUCUCACUCUUCGUCGUCUUCUCGCGAUGGUAUCGCCGCAAGCAGGCUGCGCAGAAGCGGUCGUAUGAGUCAUGGUUUCCCCCGCAUCCUGCCCGCGACAUCUAUACCACGUUGGUGGCCGCGCAGCCGCCCGUGCCAGAGAGCAUGCUCAAAAGUGCUCUGCUCGCCCGCGCCGCGGCCGACGUGAAGCGAAUCUGGCGCGUCAAGGAGGACAAGGCCGCGCUGGAGAAUCUUCAUCAGCGCGGUCUUAUUGGCGACGACACCAUGGCCCGAUUCGACUUCGCCGAGAAGGAGCUCGAGGCCGAGAUCGUUGAUGUCGUCGCCGAGGCGAACACCUUCCGACCCGGAUGGGGUGGUAUCAUCUUCGCGACUGCCACCGAGAUGGCCAAGGCAGAGGACACCCGGGAGACCGUUCUCAAUGUCGGCCGUGUCAAGGCUGAGCUGGAAAAGCGACUGCAAGUGCGCGCCAGGCUCCUCGGCCUCCCGGUCCAGAUGGCGACAAUCUCGGACUCAACCUCCACCCCAACCCUUCCCCCCAACAUGACCCAGGCGCUGCAGGCCGCGGAGGCCGCCCAGGCCGCCGGCAAGCUCGUGCCUCCCGCCGUCGCAGCCAUGCUCAAGUCGAUGAAGGCUGGCAACACGGCCGAGGCCGCCGCCGCCUCGGUCGCCGCCGCUGCCGCCGCCACGACCGCCGGACCCCAGUCACCCCCCGACACCGCUCCCCCCUCAUACACGGCCGCCGCUGCCGGCGCCGGCCCCACGAAGCGCAAGACCAAGAAGAAGUAGCACUGUAGCAUACCCCUCAUCGAUUCCAUGCACCAUGUAACCUCC